AUGGGUAUCGAUUUGGAGAUAUUUAAUGAGGAUGUAAGCGAUGACCUCCGGUGCUCGAUAUGCCUGGAAGUGUACGACCAGCCCAUUCAGAUAGCGACCUGCAAACACAUAUUCUGUGCCCAUUGUAUACACAAAUGGAUAGAAAAGUGUGGACAACAACCUACCUGUCCACACGAUCGACGAAAGAUAUCCAAAUAUGUGCUCAAACAGGCGCCCAAACUAAUCAAGAAAGAGAUCAAUCAGCUAAAGGUUAAGUGCAACUUCAGAUCCAACGGAUGUUUUGCAUCAAUUAAAUACUCUGAUCUCAAACAACAUCUCAAUACAUGUAUAUAUAAUCCUAAAUAUCCGAAAAAGAGUGGAAAUUGGCUAAAGAGGACAUCCAUAUGUAAUGUCAAUAAAUCCAAUUAUGACACCUCCCGUACCAAUUAUGUCUACCUGACAACUAUGCCCAGUCUUUACAGUUAUUCCUACUGCACUAUUGCCAACAGGUAUUGA